AUGACCUCGAUCGGAACUGGAUACGACCUAUCAGCCUCAACCUACAGUCCAGACGGCCGAAUAUUCCAAGUCGAGUAUGCCAACAAGGCCGUAGAAAACUCAGGGACGGUGAUCGGGCUGAAAUGCAAGGACGGAGUCGUACUUGCGGUCGAGAAAUUAGUCCAAUCGAAGCUAUUGGUCCCAGGGAGCAACCGAAGACUACGGACGGUAGACCUCCACAUCGGCCUCGCAACGGCCGGUUUAUUGGCUGAUGGAAGACAGCUAGGACAUCGGGCUACAGCAGAGGCCGCAUCCUACAAGCAAAACUACAACGACCCGAUCCCGAUCAAAAAACUCGCCGACCGGAUGGGCCAAUUCUGCCAGGCAUACACCCUCUACGGGAGUGUCCGUCCCUUCGGCAUCUCGGCGCUCAUCGCGGGGAUCGACAAGGACGGCUCGCCCGACCUGUUCUGCCUCGAGCCUAGCGGGGUCUUCUGGGGUUACCGCGGCUGUGCGAUCGGUAAGGGACGAACUCUCGCGCGAACGGAGAUCGAGAAGUUGAAGUUGGAAGAGAUGUCCGCGCGUGAAGCGGUCGAACAUGCCGCCAGAAUAAUACACAUGGUCCACGACGAAGUGAAGGACAAAGACUUCGAGCUGGAGAUGUCGUGGAUCUCGGUCUCUGAGACUAACUCCAAGCACGCCCCCGUCCCUCAACCGAUCAUCGAGGCCGCCGAGGUCAAGGCUAAAGAAGCCCUCUCCUCUGAAAUGGAAGAUUGA